AUGAGGAGGGACGAGCGAGAAGCCAAAGCCAUGCGGUACCCACAGCCGCCGGACGGGGCCGGCUCGUCCCCAGAGAGUCUGAGGAACGGCUACGUGAAGAGCUGCGUGAGCCCCUUGCGGCAGGACCCUCCGCGCGGGUUCUUCUUCCACCUCUGCCGCUUCUGCAACGUGGAGCUGCCGCCGCCGCCGGCCUCCCCCCAGCAGCCGCGGCGCGGCUUUCCCUUCUCCCGGGCGCGCCUCUCGCUGGGCGCCCUGGCCGCCUUUGUCCUCGCCCUGCUGCUGGGCGCAGGGCCCGAAAGCUGGGAUGCCGGGGCUUCCCGGCUGCGGACGCUGCUGAGCGUGUGCUCGCACAGCCUCAGCCCCCUCUUCAGCAUCGCCUGUGCCUUUUUCUUCCUCACCUGCUUCCUGACCCGGCCCAAACGGGACGCCGGCCCGGGCCGCAGCGGCGGCUCCUGGUGGCUGCUGGCGCUGCCCGCAUGCUGUUACCUGGGGGACUUUUUGGUGUGCCAGUGGUGGUCUUGGCCUUGGGGGAACGGGCACGCCGGGGCCCCGGAGCCGCACACGACCCCCGCGGUGGCGGGCAGGUUGUUGUUGGUGCUGAGCUGUGUGGGCUUGCUGACGCUCGCGCAGCCGGGGAGGCUCCAGCACAGCAUCCUGGUGCUGCUCUUCGCCAGCUGCGUCUGGUGGGUCUCCUUCACGGGCCUCGGCUCGCUGCCUGCAGCCCUCAGGCCGCUGCUUUCCUGCCUGGUGGGGGGCGUCGGAUGCUUGCUGGCCCUGGGGUUGGAUCACUUCUUUCAAAUCAGGGAAGUCCCGCAUCAUCCUCGGUUGCCCAGCACCGCGGAAGAAAAAGUGCCUGUGAUCAGACCCCGGAGGAGGUCCAGCUGCGUGUCGCUAGGAGAAACUUCAGCCAGUUACUAUGGCAGUUGCAAAAUGUUCAGGAGACCUUCGUUGCCUUGUAUUUCGAGAGAACAGAUGAUUCUUUGGGAUUGGGACUUAAAGCAAUGGUAUAAACCUCAUUAUCAGAAUUCUGGAGGUGGAAAUGGAGUUGAUCUUUCAGUGCUAAAUGAGGCUCGCAAUAUGGUGUCAGAUCUUCUGACUGAUCCAAGCCUUCCCCCUCAAGUCAUUUCUUCCCUACGGAGUAUCAGUAGCUUGAUGGGUGCUUUCUCAGGUUCCUGUAGGCCAAAGAUUAAUCCUCUUACACCAUUUCCUGGAUUUUACCCCUGCUCUGAAAUAGAGGACUCAACUGAGAAAGGAGAUCGAAAACUUCACAAGGGACUAAUUAGUAGGAAUAGUUUACCAACUCCACAGCUGAGGAGGAGCUCAGGAACUUCAGGAUUGCUACCUAGUGAGCAGUCUUCAAGGUGGGAACGCAAUAAUGGCAAAAGGCCUCACCAAGAAUUCGGCAUUUCAAGUCAAGGAUACUAUCUAAAUGGGCCUUUUAGUUCAAGUCUACUGACAAUCCCGAAGCAAAGGUCAUCUUCUGUGUCAGUGACUCACCAUGUAGGUCUGAGAAGAGCUGGUGCUUUCCCCAGCCUGAAUCCUGUGAAUUCUCCUAGCCACGGACCAGUGACUGCUGGCUCUCUAAGUAAUCAGUCAACCAUAGAAUUUCCUGAUACUACUGAUUUUCUUACUAAGCCAAGUGUUAUUUUACAUAGAUCUCUGGGCAAUGUACCCAGUACACCAGAUUUUUAUCAGCAACUUAGAAGUUCUGAUAGCAAUCUGUGUAACAGCUGUGGACAUCAAAUACUGAAAUAUAUUUCAACAUCUGAUUUGGAUGGUACAGACUGCCAUAGUGGAAAACCAGGUGAAGAAGAAAACACCAUUUUCUCAAAAGAAUCAUUCAAUUUUAUGGAAACUCAACAAAAAGAGGAAACAGAGAAGAGAGACUGUAGAAAAUUAUUUUUGGAAAGUGAUAAUCACCUAACAGAAGAAGCACAGAAUGAACAGCAACCAAAUGUAAAAGAGGAAGCACCAUUGGACCUGAUUUUAAUAGAAGAUUAUGACUCAUUAAUAGAAAAGAUGAACAACUGGAAUUUUCAAAUUUUUGAACUUGUAGAAAAGAUGGGAGAGAAAUCAGGAAGGAUUCUCAGUCAGGUUAUGUAUAUCUUAUUUCAAGACACUGGUUUAUUGGAAAUAUUUAAAAUUCCCACUCAACAAUUCAUGAACUAUUUUCGUGCAUUAGAAAAUGGUUAUCGAGACAUUCCUUAUCACAAUCGUAUACAUGCCACAGAUGUCCUACAUGCCGUUUGGUAUCUGACAACACGGCCAAUUCCUGGCUUACAGCAGAUCCACAAUGAUCAUGGAACAGGAAAUGAAACAGAUUCUGACUGUAGAAUUAACAUUGGGCGAAUUGCUUAUAUUUCUUCAAAGAGCUGCUCUAUUCCAGAUGAGAGCUAUGGCUGCCUGUCUUCAAAGAUUCCUGCAUUAGAAUUGAUGGCUCUGUAUGUGGCAGCUGCCAUGCAUGAUUAUGAUCACCCAGGGCGGACAAAUGCAUUUCUAGUGGCUACAAAUGCCCCUCAGGCAGUUUUGUACAAUGACAGAUCUGUUCUAGAAAAUCAUCAUGCUGCAUCAGCUUGGAAUCUAUAUCUUUCUCGCCCAGAAUACAAUUUUCUUCUUAAUCUUGAUCAUGUGGAAUUCAAGCGCUUUCGUUUCUUAGUCAUCGAAGCAAUUCUUGCCACAGAUCUUAAAAAGCAUUUUGAUUUCCUUGCUGAAUUCAAUGCCAAGGCCAAUGAUGUAAAUAGUAAUGGUAUACUAUGGAGUAGUGAAAAUGAUCGCCUCUUAGUAUGUCAGGUGUGCAUCAAACUGGCAGAUAUAAAUGGCCCAGCAAAAGUCCGGGACUUGCAUUUGAAAUGGACAGAAGGCAUUGUGAAUGAAUUUUAUGAGCAGGGAGAUGAAGAAGCAAGUCUUGGCCUGCCCAUCAGUCCCUUCAUGGAUCGUUCUUCUCCUCAACUAGCAAAACUCCAAGAAUCUUUUAUCACCCACAUUGUGGGUCCCCUGUGUAACUCCUAUGAUGCUGCUGGUUUGCUACCGGGUCAGUGGGUAGAAGCAGAAGAGGAUGAUGAUAGUGAAAGUGGUGAUGAUGAAGGUGGUGAAGAAUUAGAUACAGAGGAUGAAGAAAUGGAAGACAAUCUAAAUCCUAGACCACAAAGAAGGAAAGGCAGACGGCGAAUAUUUUGUCAGCUCAUGCACCACCUCACCGAAAACCACAAGAUAUGGAAGGAAAUCAUAGAGAAAGAAGAAAAAUGUAAAGUUGAUGGAAAUAAACUGCAGGUGGAGAAUUCCUCCUUACCUCAAACAGAUGAAAUUCAGGUCAUUGAAGAAGCAGAUGAAGAGGAAGAGCGACAGUUUGAAUAA